UCAACAGCAGUUAGUCAGCCAUUGGCUAGCGUGAGCCUGAGCAUCCUUCUAGAAAAAUACCACUGAAAGUGAAAGACUGCUUGCACACAUUUAACGCUAAAUCCGACACAGGAAAUCUCUUUGAAGACAAAGAGUAUAAAGAUGCCUUCAGCGAUGGUUGGCAACAAUGCUGUCCAGUCUGCCUCUCCAGACCUGGGAAAUGGAAGUAAUAAUGAAGCCAUGAAACAGAUUCUUGCUGUGAUUGACAAGAAGGUUCGCAAUAUGGAAAAGAAAAAGUCUAAACUGGAUGACGUUCAAGCAAGGAAGAGUAAGGGAGAACAACUGAAUCAGGAUCAGCUGGAGGCCUUGGCGAAGUACCAAGAGAUCGCCCACAACCUGGAAUUUGCUCGAGAGUUGCAGAAAAACUUCAUUGCACUGGGACAAGACAUUCAGAAGGCAGUGAAGAAGACAGCCAGGCGGGAGCAGCUGCAGCGGGAGCAGAUGGAACAGCAGCGGCUGAAGACCGUUCUGGAGCUUCAGUUCUUACUGGACCAGUUGGGGGAUGAGAGCGUCAGGCAGGACCUCAAACGGCCCGAUGCCAGCGGCUCCCCUUUGCUCUCGGACGCUGACCUCACAUCCCUCGAUGAGUUUUACAAACUGGUGGGACCUGAUAGGAACUAUGACAUCAGGUUGACUGAACAAUAUGAAGAGGCCUCAGUACACUUGUUUGAACUGCUUGAUGGCCGAGACAAGGCUGUGGCAGGGACCACAUACAAGUCACUGAAGGACACUCUGGACAAAGUGCUGCUGAGUGGUUAUUUUGACAGAGCACAACCUCAUCAGAAUGGGAGGUGCGAAGAGGAAGAGGAGCAAGAGGAGCAGACUGUAGUGGAGGACUCUAAUGCUGUGAAGCAGCCAUCCGAACCUGAAGCAGAAUUGGCUACCGAAAAAUACACUGAGAUAAUUCCAGUGGAAACUACAGAGUUUGUCAACAGACAGUUCAUUCCAGAAACUACGUACAGUAGUACAGACGAUGACCAAGUGGAGAAGUGGGCGGAGGAGGCCCAGAUGGUGAAUUCCCUCCAGCACCAGCCCCCUCCCCAGCUGGCUGCAGAACCAACCGAUGCUGAGGACCAUGGCAGUCCCCCCCCAGCUGCUGACCCCGUGGUCAGGAAGCAGGUAGUGCAGGACCUCAUGGCCCAACUGCAAGGAACGUACAACUUCAUGCAGGAGUCCAUUUUGGAGUUUGACGGCCAGGCACUGGACCCAGCCAUUGUGGCUGCGCAGCCGAUGAAGCCUGCGCAGACUGUUGACAUGCAGCAGAUGGGCUGCCCUCCUGCCCACUCAGAGUCCAGACUUCCUCAAACAAGUGCAGUGUCUGGACCGCAGGAAACCUCACAAGCCUCGAUCUGUGUGUCAUCUGAACAGUCCCCCUCCCCAUGUUCCCUGUCCUCUGCUUUCCCACCUGUCUCCAAACCCACCCACACUGGAGGCAUCAAUGUCAACGCCGCUCCCUUCCAGUCAGUGCAAGCGGUAUUUAAUCUGAAUGCACCCAUUCCUCCGGCUACUGAAGGCCAAGCAGAGCCUCUGAAGCAGCCCGGUCAGUUCCCUGGGGGCUAUGGGCAGGGCUUCAGCGUUCAGUCAGAGAGUGCUGUGGUGCAGCCGGACAUCCCACAGGAGACAUUACAGUCAGUUGUUGGUGGCUUCCAGCCACAAGAACAGGUCAUGCCCUCAGCCGGAGGUCAUGAAGAGUCCGCUCCAGGCGCAGGAUUUGGACAGUCGGGACAGUCCUUUUAUAACAGCAGGGGUGUGCCCAGGGGGGGGCCCAGGAAUGGCCGUGGUAUGAUCAACGGAUACCGAGGAUCUUCCAAUGGAUUUAGAGGGGGAUAUGACGGAUAUCGCGCUCCUUUCUCAAAUGCUCCCAGCACCGGUUACAGUCAAACCCAAUUUAACGCGCCUCGGGACUAUUCCAAUAACACCUACCAACGGGAGGGAUAUCAGCAAAACUACAAGCGGGGAGCAGCCCAAGGACCCCGAGGCUUGUCUAGAGGAAAUGCUACAGCAUUGAGAUCCUAAAGGAUCCUGAGGACCGUCAAGUUGCGCCACGUUUAACAUUCAGGAUUUUGAAUGUGUUCGCCCCAGUUCACUUUUAUAACAAUGUUUUGUUUCUCAUUGGUAAUCUUAUUUUUUUUAACUCUUGGCCUACUUAUCAGUCAGCCUGCUUAGGUCAGCCUGCUUAGGUCAGUCUAGACCCUCUCUAUGUUCUAACACAAAAUGCUGAACUUCACCACAUGUAGGAUUAUCAGCGAGUCUGUGUGAUAUAAAACAACAAAUAGAUAUUCCUGUAAACUUGAAAGAUUUCAUUAAUUUAUUUUUUGUACAAAAUAAAUGCAAAAAAUACCCAGCCACUGUCGAUCUGAUUCCAUGACAAUGAUUUUCUUUGCCCUGUGCUGUCAGCCACUUUUCCUCCUCGAUCUCAUAAAUCUCAUUAAGCUUUUUUUUUUAACCCCCGUCACCUCUUUGUACGCUGAUUUGGUUGAGACUGUUUCAAUAAAGUUGUGUUAUAUUACCUUCUGUGGAAGUGAACUGCUUUGCUGUUAUAAAUUUGUUUAUUUUUA